CCCCCUUCCCGUCAGGGUGGAAUGGUGCAGGCCAGGAGGGAGGAUUCUUUCAUUGGAGAAAGAGCAAGUGAAAAGGGAGUGCAGGAUGAGUGAAGAAGAGCAGAACCCAGCUGCCGUUCCCACUCCUAUGUCUGACAUCCAGGGUGAUGGGCGCUGGAUGUCUAUGCACAAUCAUUUUGUGUCCAGUAGCAAAGACAAGGAGCCUGAAGUAGUGUUCAUAGGAGACUCCAAUGUCCAGAUUAUGCACCAGUUUGAGGUCUGGAGGGAGCUUUUCUCCCCACUCCAUGCUUUGAAUUUUGGUGGGCUAAGUGAUGGCACACAGCAUGUUUUGUGGAGACUGGAGAACGGAGAACUUGAUCACGUCAAACCCAAGAUCAUCGUUCUGUGGGUUGGCACUUAUAACCAAGGGCACAGCGCUGAACAGAUCGCAGGAGGCAUUCUUGCUAUUGUCCGGUGUAUUUAUCAGAGGCAACCUCAAGCCAAAGUCAUUGUGAUGGCCUUGCUCCCACGUGGGAAGAACCCAAAUCCGUUACGGAACAGGAAUCUACAAGUGAACAAAUUACUGGAGGAAACACUGCCCUCACUGCCUAAUGCAUUCCUGUUAGAUGCUGACCCGGGCUUCGUGCAUUCCGACGGCACCAUCAGUCACCAUGACAUGUAUGAUUAUCUGCACUUGAGCCGGCAUGGAUAUGCACGAGUGUGCCCAAAUUUGCACCGUACACUGCUGCAGUUCCUGGAAGGCAGAGACACCCCCUCUAGUCAGUAAGCACUAACCAGCAAGGGCCACAGUCUUGACAAAAAGUCUGGAGUAAUGAAUUUGGACAUAUUGUCAGUUCCGGUGAGGCAGAAGGCACCUGCAGCAUAAGAGCUACCUGGAAUGGCGGAUUAGUGGAUAGUAAUUUCCCUCUCGAUCAAGAGUAGUAUUGAACCAACUAACUGCUCAGGGCAACUGCCCUCCCUGCCCAGAUCACAUGCAUAACUGCCCCUAGGGAGGGCAGCACAGACUCUCUUUUUUCCUUUCUUGGCGUGUGGUUUUGCAGCAUCUCAUUGUUUUAUUCCCCUUGUACUGUGUCAUAUUUGUGUAUUUGUAUGCUAAGUAUUAUGUUCUCUGUCUGCCAUCAGCCUCCAGGAUGACCAAAUGUACCUCAGUACCCCCAAACCAACAGAUCCUGUCUGCUCUAUCACUUACAUACAGAGCCAUAUAAUAAACCUGUUUUGACUUUA